UUGAUUUCUAGAAAAUUUGGCUGAGUCGUGGUUAAGAAACGGCUGAGAAACUUUUUUUCAGCUGAGUAAAGGAACAUGGAUGGGCUGGGUUAUUGAAGCCACGGCUGAGUUAUGGGAUGCUGUUACGACUGGGUUUGUAUUAGUCAGCCGUUAAAGCAUGGAUAAACAGUAAACUCAGCUGCUUUGCGGCUGACGUAUGAACGAAAGAUUAAUUACUAGAAUGUUCUCGUUUGAUGGCUGAUUUACGUAACGAUACGGCUGACAUAUGGUUGUUCAUCCUUAUUGCGGCUGACUUACUGUCAAAAGAUUAAUUACUAGAAUGUUUCCAUGUAUUGGCUGACAAAGUGUAAACAUGAUGGCUGACUUAUUUUGGCUGAGUUACUGAUUUGUUUGUCGGCUGAUUAACCGAUGUUCCAUGUCAUCUGCCAUGUCAUCAACUCGGAUUUGACAUGUCAUCACUAACGGUCGCCCAAUUUACAACUGAGUUACGAGACCUUUCAGUUGUCUUCUUCAUCUUAUUUUUGAAUGAUUACACAGCCUUUCUUUUCUUCUUCAUCAUCUCAGUUAUCUAUCCUCUUCAUCUUUCUCAUAUGGUAAUGGAUCCCGUUAUUAUUGUUUCCGGUAAAUGGAUUAUGAAAAAACGAUAUGUAUUCAACGUCGACAGUAGAGGGUGUAGAGUUCUUCAUUUAGAUGAAAAAACUAAACUUGAAGAUUUCACAAAGUCUGUCAUCGACGAUUACGGUUUGAAUGAUUUGAAGGUUCAUAUUCUGCUUAGCUACAUGUUUUCGAAUAAAACAUUGAAAACAAUGGCGCACAACACUCCACCAGUUUACGUGUCCAACACUCGCCAAUUGCAAUGUUUUCUAAGCUUAAAGAAAAGCGAACAACUACGUCUCUGUGUGGAGAUUACAGAGAAAAAGGAUGACAGCUCAGACGUAGAAGCUUCAGAAGAAGAAGCUUCAGAAGAAGAAGCUUCAGAAGAAGACGCUUCAGAAGAAGAAGCUUUAGAAGAAGAAGCUUUAGAAGUUGAGUCUAUAGAGAAUGGGAGUUACGAUGGUUGCAGUUUGGAGGAUGAACAAGAUGAAAUUGAGAAUGACUGCUUUAGUAACGUUGAAAUACACGACGUAGCCGGAGAAGAUGAAAUAGGCAAAGAAAACGAAGAAGAUGAUGAAUUUGAAAGUCGAUUUGAUAUGUUCGAUGACUCGGACGGUGCGUCAUCUGAAGAUGAUAACUUCAGCACAUACGGUGAGUCUCCUAUCGAAGAAGACGAAGAUUCACCAACGCUACCUUCCAAGAAGAGAUAUCAGAACUUCUUGAUGAGCGAAUCUAAAGGGAAUCUGGAGGUUUUGAAGUUGGAGAUGUCGUCGUUAGACCUUGCGGUAGGACAACGAUACUUGACUAAAAAGCAUUUGAAGAGACGACUGAAACUUUUUACAGUGAGGCAUCAAUUUGAUUUUGAUGUAGAAAUAUCAAACCUGACAACAUACGUUGUUAAGUGUUGGGUUGAUGGAUGUACAUGGAGAGUUCGUGCAUCUACCGAAGGAUUGUCCCCGCAGUUUUAUAUUCGUAUUUACGACUCGGAUCAUGCAUGUUCUGUAACUGAGCGUUCUAAUCGAUCUCGAAAUGCAACACCGGAUAUUUUAGGAGAGUUGUACAAGAACUUUCUCGGCGACGUUGGUCCGGCUGUUCGCCCUGAGAGUGUCGGAAUAGCUAUCACUAAGCAGUUUGGUGUAAAGGUAAUUAUGUUACAACGGCUGAGUUAUGGUAGAGUAUAGGCUGGGUUAUUUUAUGUUAGAAAUGGCUGAGUUACAAAACUAUGGUUGAGUUAUGUUUACGUUGUGACCGUCUUAAUGAUAUGAUGUGGCUGAGUUAUGUAAAUUGUUUUUUCAUAAGAGCAGGAUUAUUUGAUAUGAUGUGGCUGAGUUAUGGUAGAGUAUAGGCUGGGUUAUUUUAUGUUAGAAAUGACUGAGUUACAAAACUAUGGUUGAGUUAUGUUUACGUUGUGACCGUCUUAAUGAUAUGAUGUGGCUGAGUUAUGUAAAUUGUUUUUUCAUGUGAGUAGAUGGAUUAUUGGAAAUCACACCGGACGCUUAAAUGUGCAAGGAAAAUCGAUGAGGGCACACCUGAGUGUGGUUUUGAACUCUUGCCUUCUUACUUAUACAUGAUAAGAAGGGCAAAUCCGAAUACAGUUACGCGUCUUCAAAUCGAUGAGCUUGGAAGAUUCAUGUAUGUGUUUCUUGCGUUUGGUGCGAGCGUUAAUGGGUUUCCUUUCAUGCGCAAAGUUGUUGUCGUCGACGGUACGUUUCUUAAUGGUAAAUAUAAAGGGACGCUACUCACAGCACUAGCUCAGGAUGGUAACUUUCAGAUUUUUCCAAUAGCCUUCGCAGUGGUUGACACUGAAAAUGAUGAUUCGUGGAAUUGGUUUUUUACGCAACUAAAAGUGUUGAUUCCUGACCAGGAGGGUCUUGCGAUAAUAUCAGAUAGGCAUAACUCGAUAGGGAAAGCAAUUACAAAUGUGUAUCCGUUAGCUGCUCGUGGAAUAUGCACCUAUCAUUUGUAUAAAAACAUAUUGGGACGGUACAAAGGAAAAGAUGUAUUUCGGCUGGUGAAGAAAGCGGCGAGAUGUUUUAGAAUGUCUGACUUUGAUAUGAUUUUCGAGGAGAUUGAAGCACUUAAUCCUGAUCUCCACGGCUACCUCGAAAGAGCUGAUGUCAGACUGUGGACACGUGUUUAUUUCCCGGGCGAGAGGUACAAUUUGAUGACUACGAACAUAGCGGAAUCAAUGAACAGAGCAUUAUCGCAUGCUAGAGGUCUUAACAUUGUUCGAAUAUUGGAAUCGAUACGGGUUAUGAUGACCAGAUGGUUUGCUGAACGAAGAGUGGAUGCCAGAUCGCAGUCAACCACACUCACGCGCGGUGUGGAGAAACUAUUACAAGUAAGUCAGUCGUAACAGUAAAAUAAGUCAGUCUUUAAAUCUAAUAAGUCAGUCGUUAUAUUGCAUAAGCCAGCUUUAUAAAUAAUAAGUAAGCCGUUUCACGAAUAUUGGGUUUUGUUAAUAGGGACGUGUAAGUGCCUCCCGGGAUUGGACGGUUCAAAGGAUUGAUGACCAUCACACUGAAGUUAAAUAUGGCGCUGCUGGCGAGUCUUUGAAUGUUGUUAAUUUGGUUGAGCGAAAGUGCACAUGUCGGCGUUUCGAUGUCGAGAAAAUACCAUGUGUACACGCAAUCGCAGCUGCAGAGGAAAGAAAUGUUUCUCGUAUAUCACUGUGCAGUCCUUACUAUAAAAGCACUUAUUUAGCUAGCGCAUACGCUGAAUCGGUCAUGCCGGUUGACUCAGCGCUACCUGUUCCAGAUAACGUGGCUAACGUACAGUGCUUUCCACCGUUUAUUCGUCAACAACCGGGAAGACCUAAAAAAAUAGGAUGAAAUCUGCUUUAGAAGUUGCACUUGCAAACAAACGUCCUAGGAAAGAGCACAUAUGUUCUCGUUGCAGUCAAAGUGGACAUAAUGCGAGAACUUGUCCGAUAUAAGCAAUUGCUUUUCAUGUUGUUUUGUAAUACGGCUGGGUUUUGUGUUGUAAUACGGCUGGGUUUUGUGUUGUAAUACGGCUGGGUUUUAUUUUCAUUGAUUUGCACAACGGCUGGAUUAUUAAUUGUAAUACGGCUGGGUUUUGUGUUGUAAUACGGCUGGGUUUUGUGUUGUAAUACGGCUGGGUUUUUUUGUUUUAAUGUUCUAUGACGGCUGCGUUAAUGUUUUUCAAAUUUUGUAUUGUGGUUGGGUUUUUAUUUUCAUUGAUUUGCACUACGGCUGGAUUAUUACUUGACCAAUAUAAGCAAGUCUUGUAUUGGCAUUUUCGGGGACUAGCCCGCUUCCCAUUACUCAAGAGAGACACAGACAUCGAAAAACGAAAUGUCCGUACUUAAUUGCCCUACGUUACGUAAUAGCCCCUACGUAAUUAUUGAUUUUAAAGUGGAAUACGAAAGUAGCGAAUUAAAUUAAGAGAAAUUAAUCUUUAUUGGCUGAGAUAAUGUUACUCACACGCCUAAUAAUUGUCGUGAUUUCUAAUGUCAGCUCUUUUAUUCAAACGCAGUUGAAAAAAACUUCCCCGCUAGAAACACGAAACGUCGCGAAGUCAACUAAGGCUGAGUUAUUGUAAUACACGGCUGAGUUAUGGAUUAAAUUCCCGCUCAAAAUAAGAAAUAAGAAACGCCGCGAUACGAAACUACAACCGUUAACUGCAGAUAAAUAAGGUACUUCUCAAACAAUUACACAUCUUCAACUCUCUAUCUUUUACACAACUGUCCUCUCAGAGAAAAUGGAAUAUUUCCCUCUGCUUGAAUUGCCUGAAGAUCUUCAGGCAAUGGUGGUUGAACGUGUGGCCCGUAACUCCUUCCAAGAUCUCUACCGCCUCAGAGCAUCGUCCAGGUCGAUGAAGGCGUUAGCAGAGAUGCGUAGGGUAUACCAUUAUUUCGAUGUGUUAUCCUUUCCCUGGGGUCUCAUUAUGCCAUCUCAGUUGUUGAAAACUUGCUACGCUGAGAACAAUCCAAGCACAAUUUAUGUAAAGGGUGUACAGUUUUUCUACUCAUACGAUGAGCAAGAUUAUGGCCUUUCUCUCAUCAAGCGUGCAGCAGAUGCAGGAUAUGAGCGUGCAGUGUAUACACACGCUAUGACUCAAGCAAUCUUUUACGGUGAUGCGCAGUAUUUUCGGAGAAUUCCAAGAGCAACUGUUGACAGGGUCGGGAAACUUGUUCGAGAUGCGAAAUGGGGAUGGAGUUUGUGGCAUACUGACGAGUUCCGUCAAAUUAAGGCCAUGUUCACUUCUACUUAUGUUCCGUCCUUCUACCUUUGCCAAUGUGCAAAUGUUGUGGACCGACAAUGUCUCUGCCUAUGGCACAUUGAUGUGACUAAGGACGACAACAUGUGUGAGCGUUGUUUCUGGAUCAAAGAGAUUUCAUUGUUCUUUCGUGAUUUUGAACCGAUAAGCCUGUUUAGGGACACAAGUAACUGGUGAAGAUGUCUCUACAUCAGAAUCUUAUCUUUUUUAUGUUUUUUGCUAUGCCAUUAUGUAUGUCGAACAAAAAAAUUAUAUAUUAUGUUUUUAUGGCUGACUUAUUUUCUUAUGGCUGAGUUAUUUUCAUCUUAUGGCUGACUUAUUUUCAUCUUAUGGCUGAGUUAUUUUCAUCUUAUGGCUGACUUAUUUUCAUCUUAUGGCUGAGUUAUUUUCAUCUUAUGGCUGACUUAUUUUCAUCUUAUGGCUGAGUUAUUCUCAUUUAUUCAUCUUAUGGCUUUAUUUAAUGCCUAAGUUUUGAUUGUUUUUUGAUUGUUAGAAAUAUGACUGUUUUUUGAUUGUUCACCUAAACGUUAAGACUGAUAUUAUUACAUGUUACGGCUGAGUUGUUGUUUCGGAAGAAAUUAACAACGGCUGAGUUAAAUCCGAGUUACAUAAACAUAGACUGACUUAUGAGUACAGAAUCUGAGUAAACAAAGAAGUAGUAGUAGCAACUAAUACAUUUAAGACUUCAUCCUAAGACAUUCAAUAAUUCUUAUGAUCUCAAUUAUGUCUUUCUUCAUAUCAUCUAAUUCUGCUUUUAUAGCGGCCAAAUCCUGCUCUAUCGUCGCGAGUUUGUUUGCCACAACUACAAACUCUUCAUCAUAUGCUUCAUCAAGCCAUUUGAAAACAUGGUUUUGACCCGAAUUUGCUCCACAUCGAUAAAAUCUUCUACCCGGAUUCUUUAUUGUACCUGACGUUAACACAAUGGUAGCAGCUCCACAGUCGCACGUCCUUGGAAUUCCACGCUGUAGAUCCAUCUAAUUUAUACAUCAUAGCACACAAAAAUAAUGCAAAAUCGAACAAGGCCAAAAUACAAAAAAUAAUUCAAAAUCGAUUUUGGACGAAAGAGACUUACUUUAGGUUUUAGAAGUCGACUCUGGUUUUUCCUUUAUCUUUUACUUGUAAAUAUUGGAAAUAUAAUAGGGAAAUCAUAUUAAAUAUAAAGAUCACGCGUGUCCAAAUAAAAUAAACAUAUAAUGACCUCGAUAUCGUAAAUUACUCGGACAUGCGUGUCAUGACAUAACUCGACACUGAGUUAAAUUAUGUAUGACUCUUUUGGCCAACUUUUAUUUUUCGACAUCAUUAAAUAUUAACAAUUUUACGGCUGAGGUUUAGUUUUCGGUAUUAUUAAUUAUUAACAAUGUUACGGCUGAGUUUUAUUCUUCGGCAUUAUUAAUUAUUAACAAUGUUACGGCUGAGUUUUAUUCUUCGGCAUUAUUAAUUAUUAACAAUGUUACGACUGAGUUUUAUUUUUCGGCAUUAUUAAUUAUUAACAAUGUUACGGCUGAGUUCUAUUUUCCGGCAUUAUUUACUUUACACAAGGAAAAAAAAAAGAAAUCAUUUUCGUCCCAACGCGAAAAAAAAAGAAAAGCUCUCGACGAAAGGCGAUUUCGAAGCGUCUCGAUACGAAGGUAAAACCGAAGCCUCUCUUUUGCAGAUUUGUGGAUUCAGCUUAGGUUCGAUGAUGUUUUCUUCCCAUUCUUUUCUUGUUUGCAGAUGCCUAAUUCGCACAAACCUCAUUUCUUGAAGCCUCUGCUUCCCGAUUUCCACAGUGGCGUGACAAUACCACUUGGCUUCUUCUCACAGCACAUAGAAGGGAAGACAAACCGGAAAACAUGGAAACUAAGAUCGGACGCUACAGAUCAAACUUGGGAAGUGAUACAAGAAGGCAGGAGACUCACCGGAGGUUGGAAAGAUUUCACCACAGCACAUGACCUUCAAAUCGGUGACAUUGUCAUCUUCAAACACGAAGGAGAUAUGGUGUUUCAUGUCACACCAUUUGGUCCUAGCUGUUGUGAGAUUCAGUAUACACAUCCUCACAUCAUCAAGGAAGAAGCCGAUGCGGAUGAUGCUCCUUCUUUCUCAUUUGACUAUUGUUUUCAGGCUGAGGUCACUGCUUCGAAUCUAAAAGAAGACAAACUUUAUCUUCCUGAGGGAGCUACGACUUGUACUGCUUUGAACAAACAAUGCCAAGAGAUAAUACUUGUCAACAAAGAGGGAAAUUCAUGGACUGUGAGUUUGCGAUUUAGCGAAGCAGACAGCAUGUAUUACAUCAGAAGAGGCUGGAGAAAGUUCUGUCGUGCUAACAGAUGCGCCAUAGGAGACUUAUUUGUGUUCAAUGUGGUUGGAGAUGGGAAAACUACUCCAUUAAUGUGUGUAUGUCCGGAAAGGGAAGAGUAAUUUUGAACCUAAACUUAUGUAUGUCGAACCAGAAAUUUAUGUAUGUCUCUUUUUAUGGCUGACUAAUAUUCAUAUUAUGGUUGAGUUAUUGUUUAUGUUAUUGUUUGAUUAUGACUGACUUCCACUGAACGUUAUAGCUGAGUUACUAUCUUAUUAUGACUGACGAAUACUCAUAUAAUGGCUGGGUUAUUGUUUGAUUAUGACUUAAUUAACGUAACGGCUGAGUUGCAGUGAACGUUAUAACUGAGUUAUUAAAACAUUAUGACUGACGAAUACUCAUAUUAUGGCUGGGUUAUUGUUUGAUAGUGACUUAAUUAACGUAACGGCUGAAUUGCAGUGAACGUUAUAACUGAGUUAUUAAAACGUUAUGACUGACGAAUACUCGUAUUAUGGCUGGGUUAUUGUUUGAUUAUGAAUUAAUUAACGUACUGGCUGAGUUGCAUUGAACGUAAUAGCUGAGUUACUAAUCUUGGUACAAUAAGCAAACAACUUGAUAGGAUUGAAAAAUCAAUCCAAAAUCAAAACCGCAUUCCAAUGGAGUCUCCUUCUGAAAAGAAAAACAAAAGUCCCAUGUUUAAACCUUUCCAAAUUUCCAAUUCAAGUGUCAAAACUUACCAAGACACAAACCUUGAGUUCAUUCGUGCCCUCCAAAGUCAAUUAAGUAAAGCUGAAAUAGGAGAUAGUAGCAUGCCACAUAUUUCUGAUAUCCCCGAUACUCCUACAUCAAAAAUCCAAAUAAACACUCUAGCCAAUGAUUCAGACAUUAGUGAAUGUUCUGAUCAAAAUUCUGUCCCAAAAAUAAACCGUAUUGAUUGGCAAAACCAUCAAGAUCGUCAAUUAAUCUCAGCCCCUGAUUUAGGACAAAUCCAACCAAUAGAGAAAUCUCGAUUUAACUCAUCAUCAGUCUAUGACUGGAAUAUUGAUGGUAUAUCUGAAUAUAACAUUUUAAGUUUUCUCCAAAAAAUGACAAUGGCCGCAAACGCUUAUAGAACCCAAAUAGGAAAUGAGGAUAAAACCGUAGCUGAACUCCUAAUAGCUGGCUUUUCGGGACAGCUAAAAGGAUGGUGGGAUAAUUACCUAACCAAUCAGCAACGAACAGAAAUACUAGAUUCAAUUAAAGCGGAUGAAGAUAAUGUACCAAUCCUAGAUAAUCUCGGAAAUCCUCAACAAGAUGCUGUUGCUACUUUAGUCAUAGCCAUAACCUUGCAUUUUAUAGGAGACCCCUCGGUCCUUAGAGAUAAAAAUGCUGAACUCUUUUCAAACCUUAAAUGCAAAAAACUAAGUGAUUUCCAAUGGUACAAAAACACAUUUCUUACUAGAGUCUUACUCCGUCAGGAUUCUAACCAACCUUUUCGGAAAGAAAAAUUCCUAGCUGGCCUUCCUACUCUCUUAGGAGACAAAGUUAGAAACAAAAUUAGAGAUUCCAUGGGAACCCAAAUAAUAGACUAUGAUGAUUUCACUUAUGGAGAGUUGGUCAGUAUUGUUCAACAAGAAGGUCUUAGGAUAUGCCAAGACCUGAAACUCCAGAAACAUCUUAAAUGGAAACUCAAAAGAACGAAAGUAGAAUUAGGAUCAUUCUGUAAACAAUUUGAA